UCUUAAGGAAACCACAGGAGAACAAAACCCCAGAAAAGAUCGCUAUACAAGAUUCACGGGGAAAGAUGGGUUCAAAUGUCCCCACUGGUCAUAUACUGCUGAUCGCAGCCUGUCUGCUAAACGCACUUGCUCCAACUCUAUCAGUGAACAGAGGCGGAGAGUGCACAUUCAACACCAAAGGCACCUGUGAAUAUCUAGGACAGGUCUUCGGCAUUGGCGAGAGUUGGAUUACUAAAGACUGCUACCAGUGUGUGUGUAUGGAGCCCUUCGGGGUGGGCUGCUGUGAUCACAACUCCCAACCAGUAGAUUAUCCUGAGUGGUGUGAGCUCAUCAGAAAGCCCGACUCCUGCACCAGUGUGGCUGUGAUGAGAGCCAAUCACAAACUCCCUUGUCUUUAUGGGAAGUGGGGCAGGAUGCGACCCGAGACAUGGAAGUCUGACAAUGAUUUAUUGUUCUAAAUGAGAUGUUAAAUAUCACUAACUUAGGUUAGCAAUUUUACCUUUUGGGAAUUGAAAAGCAUCAACCAUUUUUACCAUUCUGUUUCGGGGAAUUAAUGGGGUCAUAUGAUGCUUUUUUAAAGAUCAUUAUUU